AUGAUGCAGCCAAGAUAUAAACAUGAUCCAGAGCCUGAAGAACAAUAAAAAUCUCAACAAUCUUCUACUACAGUUUCCAGUGCUAACAUAACUUAAAAGCCUUAGCCCAAGAAUGAUCAAAAGAAACCAACUAGGCCGAAUCCAAAAGCAUAGACUUAAAUUUAGAAAGAAAAUAAAAAGCCAUAAACUGCAUCAACGAAUAAUAGAAGCAAAUCCAAUACUAAUCCGUAGAAAGUGAGAGGUAACAGUAAAUAAGGAUAAGGGUCCAAAACAUAGUAGCAUUUUAGAUAAAAUAAGCUGACUUCUAAAUUCAAAGCUCUAAUGGAACACAACAAGAAAGAAUACAAUUUUGAUGAGGUAAAGGCUCUCUAUAGAAUUUAAAGAAAGUAGAUUGAAAAUAAGCCACCAGUUGUGAAAUUUUCAGAAGUUAAAGCAUUUAUCACAAAACCAGUAAAGCCCUUGGUAAAGUCAUUUUACGAGAAGCAUAUAGCAGAUUAAUCAAUUAUCAAUAAAGGCCUUGAACAGGGUAAAUUAGUGAAAGGCAGACUGUGCUUUGACAUUCAGAACAAAGACAAAUAGAUUGGAUUUGUUAAAGUAGCAAACAUUGAUUAACCAAUCAAGAUUUGGGGAUUAAGGAAUUUGAACAGAGCCUUCCAUUUAGAUGAAGUAGUAGUUAAAUUAGUUUAAUGGAUUGAUUGGGGCAAAGCGUCUAACAAGUAGACUUAGAAUAUCGAUUUCGAUGAGUAUUUAAGUUAUCUGGGGAAAGAAGAGCGUGAGUGCAUUUAAAAAUAGCGUGAAUAAUAAGAGUUAGAUGAUGAAGAAGAAAACAGAGCUAAUUAAGAGCAAGAAGAGUAAGAAGGUGAUGAUUAGGAAGAAGAUAACCAAGAAUAUGGAGAGGAAGAAGAAGAGAAUGAAGAUGAGGAUAUAGAAAGAGACUAGGACUAAGAUAUGGGAGAAUGGGAAUAUUAUGGGGAAGAUGAUAAUGAAAAGGAAAAUUAGGAUAAUUAUUAUGAUGAAGAGGGACAGGAAGAAGGCUAAGAAAACGGAGAAGAUUAAAAGGAAGAAGAUAAUGAUGAUUCUGAUAGUUCAGAUGAGAGAGAUGAAGACGAUGAUGAAAAUGCAGAGGAUUAGAAGGAUUAAAAAGAUGACUAUUAUGAUUAUGAAAAUUAUGGGCAAGAGGAUUAAGAUUACGGAGAAGAAAAAGAAGUUGAGGAAGCGAAAAGUUAAAUGAAAUCAGAAGAAACAAAGAAAAAAAAGAAAAAGGGGAAAACUAAUAUCAAAAGUAAAAACAAAAAUAAAAAGAAAUCUAAGGUACAGAAAGUAAUUGAGUAGGAAAUUGAGAAUCAAGAAUAGGAUUAUGAUGAGGAAUAUGGAGAUUUAGUUGAGUAAAGCUUGAUCUAACUUAAAGAUGAAUAUGGAGAGGAAUAUGGGCAAGAAGAGGAGGAAGACGAUGAACUCUAAGAAGAGGAUUAUGAUCUUGAAAAUGAUGAAGAUGGAGAAGAUGAUGAAGAGGAUGAGGAGGAAUAUGGUGAAGAAGAUGACAUAGAUAGAGAUGAAGAUUAAAAUGAGGGUUCAAUUACCAAGGAAAAGCUAGCUAAGCAGUUAGAAGAGAAUGCCAAACUCAAUGAGGCUGAUGAAGUAAGCUAAGUUAUUGAAGUGAAAAAAGGUUAACAGCAAAACUAAAAUUAAAAUAAGAAGGGUUAGCAAAGGCAAAACAAAUAAAAGACUCCUAUCUUUACUCCACCAGUGAUAAUGAAGCCUCCUAAAAUAGAAUCCAAGGAGCAAUUGAUUAACUUUUUAUCUUAAGAUAAAAUCAAAGUUCUGAGACCACUCGGUAAGAUAGUUGCCAUUACAAGCUCAAUAAAGAAGGAUUAGAUAUACUAUGGAUUGAUGAAACGUAUAAGAAUAGGUAAAAAAGAGAAGAAUGAUUGGCGGUAAGUAAUAGAACCAGAAGAUCCUUCUCUACCCUAACUAUUCCUGGUUUAAGAUAAGAAAAUUAAAGAUACCUAGCAGAGGCGAGUGAAAUUCAACAUCGCUGGAUGGAGAGAUAAAUGGAUUCUCGCAAAACUAAUAGAAUGA